CUCCAGAAACCCUACUACAUAAAUCAAAUGAACUUAGCCUCAGCUAGUUCAGAGAAGGAAGAACGCUGCAGAGAAGAGACGCCGCCGCAGGAAUCCUUAGGAUUAGAGAUAUGGGCGAGGGAGGUGUAGUAGUCCCAGAGUCGGUAUUGAAGAAGCAGAAAAGGAAUGAGGAGUGGGCUCUUGUAAAGAAGCAAGAGCUUGCAGUUGCCAAGAAAAAGAGUGUUGAGAAUCGCAAACUUAUCUAUAACAGAGCUAAACAGUAUGCGAAGGAGUACUCAGAGCAGGAGAAGGAGUUGAUCCGUUUGAAGCGCGAGGCACGAUUGAAGGGAGGAUUCUAUGUUGAUCCAGAGGCUAAGUUGCUCUUCAUCAUCAGAAUCCGUGGGAUUAACGCAAUGCCCCCUCAGACAAAAAAGAUUCUGCAGCUUCUCAGAUUGCGACAGAUCUUCAACGGUGUCUUCUUGAAAGUUAACAAGGCCACCGUGAACAUGCUGCAUAGGGUUGAGCCAUAUGUUACAUAUGGCUAUCCCAACUUGAAGAGUAUUAAAGAAUUGAUCUACAAACGAGGUUAUGGAAAGGUAGACAAGCAGAGAAUUGCUUUGACCGACAAUGCUGUUGUUGAGCAGGUGUUGGGCAAACAUGGAAUUAUUUGCAUCGAAGAUCUCGUCCACGAGAUCAUCACUGUGGGACCACACUUCAAGGAGGCUAACAACUUCCUAUGGCCUUUCCAACUCAAGGCACCUCUUGGUGGACUAAAAAAGAAGAGAAACCACUAUGUUGAAGGCGGUGAUGCUGGAAAUCGCGAGAAUUUCAUCAAUGAGCUCAUCAGGAGGAUGAACUAAAGCAUCAUCUCUCACUAAGCUACAUUUUUGUUUCUUUAGAAGUUUGUUUUUUGUGUUUUGAACUGUUUGUAAUAUUGAACUAGACGCACGCAUUUCUAUCAGAGGUUAAAAAAUAGUCUUUGGAUUAAGUAUACCAGUUGCCUCUGGUUUUCUCAUUGUUCAAUAUUAAAAUGGAAGUGUGCUUUGUUCAAUUUAUAUUUAUGGUUUCUGCCAUUGGGUUUUGAAC